AUGGAGCCUUGUUCAAUCAAGAACCAAAAAAUCCAAGCCAUGAAAAGCUACAAGAGGGCCAAGAUUGUUUACAAUCUAGUUCUCUACACACUCACAUCUAUCAUCACUUGCUUCUUCUUUUCCUCUCCCUUUUGGUUCCCUUCCAUCUCCACACAACUCAUAUUCUCCUCAAUUCUAGACAAAGUUAUGCUUUGCUUCAAUGCUAAAUGCUUCUUCAUCGUAGGAAAUCUCAUCGUCUUCAUCCUCAUUGUCGAGUCCAAACUAAAGCAACCUUCUUCAUCGAAAGAUAUCUACGAGGAGUACGUUGCAAGGAGUCGAAGCAGCUCCCACCAUAAGACGGUAAAUGGAUCUGAGAAAACCCUAGUUGUUGGAGAGAAGAUCCAUCUUCGUCACGAGGAAAAGAAGAAUGGGGUGGUCGUGAUGAGGAGCUGCAAAAGCCAAGUUUGGGGUGAAACUGAAAAACCUAGGAUUAAGAAAGAGGAGCAGCUUCACGAUGGGGAGAAGAUCAAAGUGGGAUUGAGGAGUAGCAAAAGCGUGGUUUGGGGUGAAAACGGGAUGGUGAAGAGUGAAAAAAUUAUCAAGGGUAAAAAAAAGGGCGGGAAAGUGGGAACGAUGAGGAGUAGCAAAAGCGCGGUUUGGGGUGAAGGUGGGAUGGUGAAAAUGGAGAAAGCAAAGGGUAAAAAAGAGGAGGCGUUGAAAACAGAAAUGAGGAGUAGCAAGAGUGCAGUUUGGGGAGAAAGUGAGGCGGUGAAAAUGGAGAAAGCGAAGGGUAAAAAAGAGGAGAAAAUUGUGAAGGAGGAAAUAGUUUUGGUUGAAAGUGAGAUUGUUGAUAGGGAAACAAAUAAUGGUGAAAAAGAGGAAGAGUUUAGCCAGCCAAGUGUGAAGGAUGAAGAGAAGAAAAUGGGGAUGAGGAGUUGCAGAAGUGCAGUUUGGUGCAAGGCUAAAAAAGUGGAGGAAAUUAAGAAUGAUGAUGGUGAAGAGAAGAAGAAGGGGAUGGGGAUGAGGAGUUGCAGAAGUGAAAUAUGGAGUGAAGGUGAGAUUGUGAGAUUGGGGAAAAUAGCGGCCAAAGAAGAAGAGGAGCAACAGAUUAAUAUGUUGAACAAAAGGGUUGAAGAUUUCAUCGCAAGAGUUAACAAGCAAAGAUUAAUUGUUUGA